AAAGCUAAUAUAAUUAAGAUUCCUCUAUCUUCUACGUCAAACCUUGCCAAACACUCUAUAAUAUAGCCCAAAGAAGAAAACAUAGUCACAACACAAAACCCUUUUCAUAUUAUUUCAUGCAUCAUUUCUUCCAACCAUAAAUAGUCCCUUAUCUUUUAUAUAAAAACUCAUUAGUGCAAGCAUAGGAAGAAAUCCAAGAAGCUUGAAAAUUUCCUUCUUGGUAAGAAAAUUCCAGAGCACUAUUGCGAAAAUUCAAAGAUGAGCUACACGACACCAAUCGUUAGUAAACUCUAUUGUUCGACGUCGCAGACGAUGUUCGGUGUGAGGAAAAGGCCACAUGUGGUGAAUGGAGGUGGUUUUGUUGUCACGGAUUGUAGUACUCAAAAGGUUGUUUUCAAGGUUCAUGGCUGUGGGAUUCAUGGCAAAAAGGAUGAGUUGAUUCUUCGAGAUGGUGAUGGAGAAGCUUUGCUUCUCAUGCGUCGAAAGGGAGGUAUGGUUGAGGCUCUAAGUAUUUACAAGAAGUGGAAGGGUUAUAGUGUAAACUAUGAAGGAUUACAGAAACUUGUUUUCAGCUUAAAAGAACCUGGAAAUUCAUGUUUGGUUAGGAAUAGAGGAAUCAAAAUUUCUAUUGAGUCAAGUGUUGUUGGAAACAAAGGUUGGGACUUUGAAAUUAAGGGCUAUUUUCCAGAUAAGCAUUGCAGCAUUGUUGACAAUAGAGGCAACAUCGUAGCACAGGUUGGGAUGAAUAAAGAAGUUGAGAAAUUGAUGGAAAGCAAGGAUUUGUAUCAUGUGGUUGUGAAACCAGGGAUGGAUCAAGCUUUUGUUUUUGGAGUCAUAGCAACUCUUGACUAUAUUUAUGGAGAAUCUACUUAUUGUUAAUUAAUCCAAAGUUGUGAAGAAGAACUAUAGAAUAUGAUAUAUAGUAUUGUUUUGAUGUGAUUAUUUAUAUGAAAAACCAAGUUAAUAUUGGUUCAAUUUUCUACUAUUAUCAUCACAUUAUAUUGAUAGUUAUUAUUUGUAACAAGUAAAGGGAAUUUCAUUGUAUAUUAUGGCAAGGAAAUUUAUUAAUUCGGUUGUUAAUUUAUGUAAAUGUUGUUACUUUCGUUUUGUUGGAUAA